UUGUAAUUUCUAUUGUGAAUUGUUAGUAAAUACUAUAGAUUAACGAUAAAAAAAAAUCAAUGAAUGGCUUAUGAUAUUAUCAAUGUCUUAUAACAAAAAUAUGAGAACUAGUUCGACCCAAUUUGAGAUUAUGCUAAACUUUAUGGAGCUAAAUGGUGAUUUAACUUAUAAAGUCCAAACUAACAAUCCACAGACUAGAAUUCAGGUUAUACAAGAUUGGGAGGAGCUAACCACACUAUUGAAUAGUGAUCCAACAGGGGAGAAGAAGCCAACAGAAAAAUGGAAGAAAGUGUGGAGUGAUCUAAAAAAUAACACUAAGCGCAAAGCUCUUAAGCUCAAGGCUACUGUACAAAAUGGCGUCGGAGCAAAAGUAUCAAGUAAAGCCCAACUGUCGGAUUUUGAAAAGCGUGUUCUUAAUAUGCUGUCUGAAUGCAGUAAAGCAGGGGGUACAAGCUUUUCAGAGGAAAAUACAGUUACCCAAGAUUCGGACAGAACAGUGGCGUCACUAUCACCACCACAAGAGUCACAGGAACAUUUACAACCUGCUUUUGUAGGGUUGAGAGACUAUCCCACUAUCAUAAAAAUUGAGGCCCCACCUAUGAUUAUAGGUAAAAGCGAAAAAUGGGAACCACCAAGGAUACCACAGACUAAUAUUCCUAAGUCACCGCCUAUGUCAGAUUCGUCCACACAACAAGAAUCCGUCAUCCCGGCAAUUGAAGGUCAGAUACCGGUAUACGAAAGUACACCUAAAUUAAGGAAUCAUACAGUGUUGCGCUCUAAACUGUUCAAGAGAAAAAACAAAGACAAAUUAAAUGAGAGCUUCAUAAAAUUCGUAAUAGAAAAAGGUCGAGCCGAAACUGAGAUAGAAAAAGAACGUUUGAGAUUGAGAGAGAUGGAGCUGAACAUACAAAAACAGUGGCAAGUAGUGGCGACAAAAGCUAUCGAUGCCUUGCAUAAAGUCAUAGAAACAAAACUCAACUAAAAAUUACUUUAGUUAGUGAUUACAAAAUAACCAGCAAUUCAAAGUUUAAAAAACGAAUACAAUAACCUAGAAAGGGAACCUAGAUUUAACGCCUGCUGCGCGUAACAUAAUGCACUUCAAAACGAGAGAAUGAGAGGCAUACAUCUAAUAUAUAAAACAAAGGCAUGUUUAUGCUCUCCAUAAGACUAAGUAGUACUUAUCAAAGAAUGAAAAGAUUUCAACCUGAUCCUUAAAGAAUAUCAAAAAAGAAACAUUAACAAGCAACUGAAGAUAUAAUAAAACAUGAGAACUAAAAAGUGGAGUGGAGCAGAACGAAUACUCGACAAAGUCUUAGACAGAGACUAAGCAUCAAAGAUUCAAAAUAAUUCUCAGGUUAUUAGACAACAUAUAGUCUAAAACUAAAAGAAAGUAAAAUAAUAUCGGAACAUGGAGACGAAACUGAGAUAGAAACAGAGGAUUUGUUAUGAACAGAAACUGAGUCAAAGUGACGAUAAAAAGCAAGGAUACCCCAAGUGCCGCUUUACAAGAGACGUGAAAUGUGCACGCCUCUCUAUUUUUACCUACACAAAAAUAAAAUCCACGAGGAAUUGUUGAUAAUCUUUAUAGAUGCCUAUAAUAAACUCAUAGAGACCCGAUUUUAUCAUCUUACAUCUUCACUUAUCCGAUGGAAUACAGUGAUACCGCUAUCGCGUUUUUUCGGUCGCAUUUGCUAUAGGGUAACCAAUCUAUAGGGCUUCGAAUGACUACUUAUUGAAGUGUUAAUUAUAUAAUUCCUAUAUGACGAAUUCUUAAUAUUAACGGUCAUUCGGCGCCAUAAAUGGAUCGCCGUUGUAUGGCGAAGAAAAUCCAUCUUUUAAGAUUGUUUGUUUUUCGCAAACCUUGGUAAUACUGGAUUGUUGUAGACUUAUUAAUUCUGUGAAUUAGGUAAAACAUACUCUAGUAAUAAGCCAACAUGUUUUUGCCCUGUGGGCGACUUAAAAUUUUGCUACACUUAAGUAUUUACUGACUUACUUGUAAACGUUAAAUUGAUUUGUUUUUGUUUUUAUAAACAAUUUUCUAAGAAGCUUUGUAGACCAAUUGUGAUAUGACAAUAAUUAUGUUGCAAUUUACAAUUAUUAUUUUGAAAAUUUUGAUGCAUUCUUGGAGUCAAUGAGUUACUCAGAAAUUACGAGUAAAUUUCAUAUUUUAACUAAAGAUUUUUGACCUAUUUGGAGGAAGAUCAAAUUAAAAAACCAAGAUACUCAGUAAAGUCUAUGGCUACAUAAUUUAAAGUAUUUUUAAAUUAUUAAUUUAAAUUAAUAAAAUUUUUAAUUACUGUCGUUAGGUAAUCGUGUUAAGCGAACAAUAAUUUUAUCAGUAAUAUGGUUAAGAAUACCUAAUCUUUUUUUGCUGGAAAAGACUAUAUACAUUUCAUUAAUAGUGUAAGAUAUUUUGAGGUCUUUUAGAAGACCUUUUUGUCUUAGC